AUGGCAGAUCGUAUUCGUCAAAAUUGGAGUAUGUACAGUGAAGUACCAGGAUAUGAUAUCAAUUCUAAAUUUGAUGCUGAAGUUAAGUCUAAAGCUGUUAAAAUUUAUUAUGAUAAAAUUAAGAAAGGAAAAUUGCAAACUGAUGAACUAUUGAUUCGAGCUUUGGCUAAGGUGUGUCGUCUAGUAAUUUACGUUGUUUCGAUAGUAAAACUUCAACAAAAUAAUACCAAUAUCAAUAUUCGAAAAUAUUGUGAAGAUAUAGAUUCAUAUAAGGAAUGUAUUUGUAUUCUUUAUGAUGAAGAAAAGAAACAUUAUGAUGCUAUAUGCAUGGUUAAAAAAGCCUAUGGACAAGAAGAAAUUAAACCUUUUCAGCGUGAUGGUGCAACAUUCAAACUUUUUUGCAAAUUUAUUCUUGAAGCAUUUAACUGUAAGAAAAAAAAGAUAUAAGCAUAGUAAAGGAAAUUGUUUUGUUCUGGCUGUAUUAUUUUAUAUGACAUUAAUAUGCAACAAUUACAUAAUAAGGGUGUGGAGUGUGGGUGUUGAUGGAAAUGAGACUCAUAUCCACACCCUGCUUUAAAUUUCUGGAGACAUUUCAAACGAUUUUAUGGAAAUUCACGAGACUUCAUCAGACUUCAAAGGCUUUAUAACUGAAAUUUUCGUUGUUUUCCCCUUGGCCAGUAUGUUUGCUGAUUUACCUCAGCCGGAAUAAUCGGCGAAACAGUUAGGCUCGAAGAGAAAUCAUGACCAAAUUACCAGUUUUCAAUACUUUACGAACCGGUUAAAUAGUCUUAUAGAAAAAUAUUUACUCUAGCAGAUUGGUAUAACAAGUGUUUCGAUAGGAUAACAAAUAAGAACAUUCAAAGUUUGCGAGACAAAAGUCCACAAACGUGUGCGAAUUUGCCUGGAUUGAUGCUAGAAAAUAAAAUACUGCAUCUGACGCUAACCUAUUCUGUGAGUGGUAUAUAUCAGUGAACGAUUGUUAACCAAAAGAAAGCGAAUUCUUUACUAGCCUUCCCUUCUCAAACAAAUCAUAAUUAGUUCUUUGCCUUUUGUUUCCAUUGUUGCCCCUAUUGUCUAAUAGAAAAAGAAAAUUCAAUCAACAUCUAUUUACAUAUAAAUAUUAUUUAUUUAAGUUCUGAUUCUUUUGAAUAGAAUGCAUAGAAAUUAUCUUGAUAAAAAAUACGACUUCACAAAGAUGCAAUAAUUCGUUUUUUUUAAUAACAUACCCAAAGUAAGCUGAAAUAGAAGUUAUUUUAUUAUGAUUCAAAACUUCUCUAUCAUGCAAGAAAGAAAGAGCGAUGAAAGCAUUCUUAUGAAAAACUUUCUAAUACAACCAAAACCAGAUAGUUUAAAUUUUAAUUCUCACGCAAGUAUUACUCCAUCCAAUGAUCUAAAACUCAACAUGCGCCUCAGUCAAUGGGACGCAUGGCCAUCGCAAGCUGAAUGCUUCAAACCGCCAAGUUCUCAAAUAUCAAAACCUGCUUGGUCAGCAACAGAUGAACUCAUGAUAGAAAAUCCUGGCAAAUCAUUUUCUCACUGCAAGUAAUUGAAUCUGCUAUUUAGAUUUAGUCAGUGUUAAGUUGUCUGAUUAGAGUUAUCGUUUUCCCAUUAAUUCCGUUUAAACUCUAAUUCUUUAUAACUUAAUCUAUUACUUUGAUAUGUCUACAGUAAAUCGAGACUGACGCUUUUAUUUCUAAGACUCAUUUUUGUACUUCAAUUUCACAUCUAUAACAACAAUAUUGCUUUUGAACACGAUGUAAU